CAGACAUAUCGUUCCCACGUAUUUCCAGUCAGGAUGAGUCCCGUACUGGCCGUUGAGUUAUUGUUCUUCGCCAUCUUCGGUCAGACGACCCACGAACAAUUCAAGGUCGAAAUAAUGCAGCCCGAGUGGACCACAGUGCUCUUCAAGCUCGCCUUCGGCAUUUACAUGCUGGUCUCGGUGGUCGUGCUGAUUAAUCUGCUAAUCGCCAUGAUGAGCGACACAUACCAGCGGAUACAAGCUCAGUCCGACAUCGAGUGGAAGUACGGAUUGAGUAAGCUCGUUAGGAACAUGCACAGGACAAGCACAGCGCCAUCCCCGCUGAAUCUGCUUACCACCUGGAUGGCGUAUUUGUACAAGCUGUGCAAGAAACGCGCCGCGAAAAAGCAACGACCUUCUCUCGUCCGCUUGAUGGGGGGAUUGCAGAGAUCCGACGCGUUAUCUCCGCGUUCCAGAAUGGGCGCCAAGUGGCUGUCCAAAGUGAAAAAGACUCAGGUGGGCCACAAAGACAGCGUCGCCUUAUCCGUCGUUCACCUGAGCCCCCUUGGUAGCCAGCUAUCGUUCAGUAACGCGGUCAGAAUCGACAACGUCGUCGAUUGGGAAGCGGUCAGACGAAAAUACCGUGAUCUCUACGGCGAGAAAGUCGAGAAACACGCCGAGGAAUCGAAAGAGUCCACGGAACACGAGACGUUCACGGCGACUCUGGAAAACACAUUGGUCGCGCCAACCGCCGGAAAUCAGGCUGCGCCCACCACAGUUCCCUGAAUCGAUCAAUUGUCGACGAUCGAUGCUUCAAUACCACAG